UGACGAUGAUGAUGAUGAUGAUGACGAUGAUGAUGAUGAUUGGCAGCCUACAUAAAAGGAAAGAAGAAUGGACACAUCAGCGUCUGUCCAUUGUGAAAUCUUGAAGAUCCUUCGUUUGUAUGGAGCUGAUGGCAAUUCUUGCUUGGACAUGGCAGACUCAUCUGUUGCACUUAAAGAACUCCUCACCGAACCCUUAGAUAUAUGCACAGUGUCGAUACCCAUUCCAUGGACUUCUACUUCUAAGAAAUAUGAAGUCAAAUUGGCCAAAGUUGCUAGGCGACAAGAGUGUGAUGUGAUACAUGAGGAAAUUUGGUAUCAUAAAGAGCACGUAGGAAGUGGAUCAUUUGGCCAUGUAUUCAUUGGAAUCAAUGAAAAGGAUGGCAGAGAAGUGGCCGUCAAGCGCAUUGAGAAAUUACGUAUGCAGCGACCAGAAGACAAACGAGAGAUUACAAACGUCGCAGAUCUUGCAGACUGCGAACAAAUUGUUCGUUAUUUGCAUUUCUUUGAAGAGGAAAAGUUUUCAUACAUUAUUUUAGAAUUGAUGGAAGGAAAUCUUGACGAGUACCUUACUGAUAGUUCCACAUUUGACGCCACAAAAAGUACUCAGCUUUGUCAAGAUGUAGUCAAGGGUUUAAAGUUUCUUCAUGAGCAGAAUAUUAUUCAUCGCGACCUGAAGCCAGGGAACAUUCUCUACAAGACACAUCCUCAUCUUCGUUUGAAAAUUGCAGACUUUGGUCUCAGCCGUCGCAUUGAUAGUAGCGCAACCACAGUGUAUGGUACUAAUGCAGGAACGAGGUGUUGGAUGGCCCCAGAAGUGUUGAUGGAUACUCCCAAUCAUUCCAAGGCAUCCGAUAUGUUUUCAUGUGGACUUGUUCUUCAUUACAUUCUGUCCGUACAAAAACACCCAUAUUCUAAGAACAAUAGUCAAAAGCCUCAUCAAAUAGAAACCAACAUGACAAAUGGGAGUAUAGAAGGAUGGGAUGACUGUCUUUCUCCAGAAGCCACUCACCUAGUCAAGAACAUGCUUGGUAGUGAUAAAGACAAACGACCAGUUGCGGCAGAAAGCCUGGAUCAUCCAAUGUUCUGGUCARAUAAGAAAAAAGUUGAUGUUCUUGUUGCUGUUGGAAACCAGUCAGUGUUUGGUUACCAACGUGCAACAAGAAAAACUCUAACUGCUGUGGAGGCCGACUUGGAGAAGAGCUUUAGUACCAUAGUCGUGCAUGGAGUGUGGAAUGACCCCAGGUAUAAGGACAUGCCUCAUAUCUACGCUGAAAUGACAUCCAGCAAGAGAAAGUAUUACGAUAAUCACUCUGUAGUAGAGUUAGUGCGGUUUAUACGCAAUGCUUACGCACAUGUCUCUGAAGGCACACGAAAGAUGUUACUGGAUGACUUUGUGUUUCUGAAAUAUUUCUUUCAUCUUGUGAUGGAAGUGUACAAAGUUGUGACCGAUCAUGGAUGGAAUCAAACAAUAGAUGAAGUCAAGUACGCGAUAAACAGCUGAUGACUGUCAUGUACUGUGUGUAAAGGUACCAACGUCACGGAGACGCAAGAGACACAAGAUUGUUAUCAACCAUGUAUGAACACUGGUAUUGUAAAGGACCAUUGAUAAUUGAUUUAGUAGGGGAGGGGAGGGGUAUCAAUCAGUAGGAUAAACAAGAAACAACACUGUACAACAUACAAUGGUGUUAAAGUACCAUUGAUAAUUGAUUUAGUAGGGGAGGGGAGGGGUAUCAAUCAGUAGGAUAAACAAGAC